AUGAGGACACGUCGUUUGCUCGUGAGUACUUUCCGUACUCAGCAGCGAGCCUUCUCGGCGUCUUCGACGAGACUGCACAGCUAUGGCUUCAUAGGCCUUGGCCAAAUGGGCUACCAGAUGGCCAAGAAUCUACAAUCCAAGCUGUCGCCUUCCGACUCUGUAAGACUGUUCGAUAUCAACAAGGACGCGAUGCACCGGCUGGCUGAGGACAUGCGGACUUCGCAGUCGGGCGGCGCUGUUGUAGAGCUGGCGGACAAUGUGGCGGACGCUGCCAAAGACGCUGAUACUCUAAUAACGGUGCUACCUGAACCGUCACAUGUAAAGGACGUUUACUCGGCGAUAUUAAGAGCCAGCAUCCCACAAAAGCGCAGAAUCUUCAUUGACUCGUCGACCAUAGACCCGUCGUCAUCACGCGAAGUUGCUAAAUGGGUUACAGACGCGCACCAGGGCGAAUUCGCCGAUGCCCCAAUGUCGGGGGGAGUCGUGGGUGCCGCAGCCGGUACGCUGACCUUCAUGCUAGGCUCUACAGAAGAGCUACUACCUAGGAUAGAGCCAACUCUACUGCGGAUGGGCAAGCGGGUUCUGCACUGCGGUCCACAGGGGACAGGUCUCAGCGCCAAGCUUGCGAACAAUUACCUUCUCGCCAUCAACAACAUCGCAACAGCCGAAGCCAUGAACCUCGGCAUCCGGUGGGGUCUUGAGCCGAAGACUCUUGCGAACAUCAUAAACGUCAGCACGGGUCGUUGCUGGCCUUCAGAGGUGAACAACCCCGUCAAGGGUGUAGUGGAGACGGCGCCUGCCGGUCGUGAUUACGCCGGUGGGUUCGGCAUCAGCCUCAUGAAGAAGGACCUCAAGCUCGCUAUUGUGGCUGCCCAAGAGGCGGACGCAAAGCUUGAAUUAGGCGCUCGUGCACGUGAAGUCUACGAAGAGGCUGAGAAAGCCGAGGGCUGCAAGGGCAGGGAUUUCUCCGUCAUCUAUCGGUUCAUUGGCGGCAAGGAAUAA